ACGUUCUUCCCCUCCCGCCAUCUGCGUGUCGUCGCGCGUGCUCAGUGUGGGCCGUGCAGAAUGGCGGCUCUUUUGGAAUCGGUGCUGCGGGAAAAGGACCCGCCUAGCCAGGUUGUACAGUGGAUUCGAAAUGCACAGGAUGAUGGGGGCAUUGAUGGAUUGGCCAGUAGUGGCUUGCAGCUCAAAGAGUUUGUUCCGUGUCUACUCAACUUUCUUAGAGAGCAAACAAGCCAGAUUCUUUCUCAUGGGCCACCCACGCCAGCUAAAACUCCAAAUUCCAAGAGCUUGCGAACCACUGUUGAGCGUGGUGGGGCUCCUCAGAGUAGUCCGACUCCAUCCAGAGGGGCCAGCCGGGUGCAAUUGUUUUCACCUGUUCCUUGUAGUUCACCAGAAGCCGAGGUUGAAACUCCUGGGUCCCAGUCUUUAAGUGGAAUCACAUUUUUUAGCAGCCCUAGUUUUACAUCAAGUCCCAUGCAUCGGUCUUAUCCAGAAAAACGAUCUGCACAACGUAAUAGUCUGGGGGAGUUCUUGACGACCUCUCCAGAUCUUCAUCAUGGACAGCGGCGAGGGCGAAGGAGGAGUGGUCCCUCGUGCAAUGGGGGAGGUCGUCCUCCAUCCCGGAACCAGGACAAUGAACAUUCCAAAUGGGAGAGUCCUUUGGUUGGAGGUGGAAGGAGAAUCAGGACGGAGACCUCUGAAAUAUGUACUGACUCUCCAUUAAAUCUCAACAAUCUGGAUGAUUUUCCACCAAUUUUGACUGCUUCUGUUUCAGCAGGCAGGACAAAACCAUCUCGGAGAAUCAAUCCCACUCCUGUCAGUGUGGAGCGGUCAUUCUCCAAACCUAAAACUUGCUUUACUUCAACACCUGUGAGUCAGAGGUCUCUGGCAGAAGAUAAUGCAGAUUCAUUAGUUUCUGUGUCAGAUUGUGUGGUGCCCAUGGGGCUGCAAGAAGAGCGGGAGAUGUUGAGGAGAGAAAGAUCAAAGAUGGCACAACAAAUUAGUGUUCCUGUGACUACUGCACUUGACCCAACAACCCCCACAAAACUUGGGUGCAGCAGAAUGAGGCCCAGCAUUCCAGGGGAUUCUGCUUGUAUUUUGGCUGAUGUUAAUAAGGUGUCUUAUGCACGGCAGCUGGACAUUUUGGCACAACUGUACUGUGUGUGCAUCUCAGAAAAUUUGGUGCCCAAUGUCUUUUUAGAGCUCUUCUUUGUGCUGCAGUUGUUGACAUCUCGUAGUUGUGGUAUCUUAGAUGAUGAAAAUGGAAAAACGGAUCUCUAUAAAGAUGUCAUUGAAACACCAUUUUUUAGGAGUGUGCACAACUGUGUAUAUUUUGCUGUAAAGGUCCUGCAAACCAAUUUUGAGGUACUUGCUUACCUUGACAAGUGCACGCUACGCCUGCUUGCAGAUAAUGAGAGGAUUGGCUGUUUUGCUCCCAGCCUGCGGGACCAGCUGCUUGCUGCUCAUGAGAAAAGUAUUGCUAAGGUGUCACUCUUGGUGCCAUCAACGAUACAGUCUGUUUCUUUCCAACCAGCAACUGACAACCGCUCCAAUUUUUCCAGUGAUAAGGCAUUUCAUACCUUCAAGAAGCAAAGAGAUAUUUUCUAUGAGCUUCUGAGAGAAUGGGAAGACUAUCACAAAGAACCUGGUUGGGAGUUUGACCGUGCUCUUGGGAGCAGAAUUAGGGUGAUGGUGAGCCAACUUAAUGCUGCUGGUAACCACUGCCACUUUGCUCGACUUUUUCAAAAACAGCUUCUACAGUUGUGUAAGAGUCCCCACUCUUCACGAUCUGGAGAUGCUUCUGACCUUGAUGUAUUAGGCAUGCUGGGAACAGAUAACUUGAGUCGUCUGAAAAGACUGCAGGAGCGAUUCAUACAGUCUCAGAGCAUCACUGGCCCUUGCCCGCCACCUUCCUUCCAAGGGCACCAAGAAUUUUUCAGAGAUUUUCUCCUGUCUGCUGGCAGUUUCCAGCUCAACCAACACUUGAUGGACAACUUAUGCCAACAAAUCCUGCAGCUAGACUCCAGUGAUAUCAUAGGGAUAGACAACACUAAAGAAGAAGGAGAGGGGGAUGUAGAGCAACAGGGAGAGAAGCAGCGUUUUUCCUCAGUGCUACUGACUGUUCGUCUUCUGGCAAAAUUCUUAGGUUUUCUUACCUUUCUGCCCUACCAAACAGGGGAACGACCAGCUAAAGAUAUUCAGGAAGCUGCUGUUUUAGUUCGUAGCAAGACUUUGCCAGUGGUCAACAUCUGUGAGGUUCUGCUGAAUGCUGUCGAGAGGAGGCGGCUAGUGUUGACAGUUCCAUGGAUUGUUGAGCUUCUUUCAAUGAUAGAUUAUAUAUCUCCAUUUCUUUCUUAUUAUAGAAGAGUAUUCAAACUACUACUGCAGAUCUACAGGAGCAAUUUACUGGUAAGAGAUGAAGAAACUUGUUUCUUGAACAAACUACUUCUUGUGGCUGCUUUAGGAUGGCUUUUUCAGAUUCCAGCCGUUCCAGAAGACCUAUUCUUUGGCAGUGAUUUCACAGACCUUGUUAACAGCAGGGACACUGCAGUUCAAAUCCAAGGCUUGGAUUCUCUUCCUUUGGUGGAUCAACAACUCCUUUAUACCUGCUGCCCAUUUCUUAGUGAAUUCCGUAAACUGCUUGCUGCAUUUGUAGCUGGCAGUUCAUCAAAGAAUGGAGGGCUAAUUCGCAAAAUAACACCUACAGCUGCUGAACCCUUUGUGCCAUGUAUCUCUCUGUCUCAGCAAAAACUGCAGAUUGACUUGGAACAAGCUUUCUUUCACAAUCAGCCACCAUCCUUGCGUCGGACAGUGGAAUUUGUGGCAGAAAGAGUUGGUUCAAACUGUGUUAAGCAUAUCAAAGCAACACUAGUGGCAGAUACUGUUCAGUCUGGUGAAGUCAUAAUGAAAGAGAAGCUAAAAGAUGAUGGGGAGCACUUAAAGAACAAGCUUUUGGAUGCAGUUUGUGCCCAGCUUUGUGAUGGAGGAAAACAAGCACUGGCAUUUGGCAAGGAGUUUUGCAUUCUAAGAGCUCCUGAAGCGGUGAAAGUGCUGCUGCCUGAAGAGACUUCAGCAGCGGUCCUGAAGACGGCUCAAGAUAUUGCUAUACGCAUGGCCACAGAGAAAGCUUGCACCUGGCUUGCAGCAAACAUUACAGCCUUGACAAAGCGAGAGCUGAAAUCUGCCUAUGAUCGGCUCGUUAAAGCUCAGCGACCAACAGGAGAUGGCGAAGCUGAGACUUCUAGAGAGUUUUUAACUUUGCAAAUGAGCAAGCUGGAAGAAAAUGGGGUUGACUGCCCAGUGGGUUGUGAACAUAAAGUUUCACUCCCAUCAGAGCUCAUCAUUGCCCUAAAGGAGGUGCUGUGUGUAUCUCUGGGCCCACGGAAAGAAGAAGAACAUGUUGAUUACAUGAAUCUCCAUGACCUUCUACAUAAUAUCAGAGGGACACUUACCUGCAGAAAGUUCAUCUUGCCUGUUCCUGAACAAAUGUUGGCUCGGUGUACUGUGAUGCUGGCUUGUGAACUGGUGUCAGGCCAGCUUCCUCUGCUCUGUUCUGAGCUGCAUGCAGAUGAGAGGACCAUCAGUCAGACACCAACUCGGAUGCUUCUGAGGCAGUUGCUAAAUCUGUGGAAAGAAAACUUCCACACUCUUAUCCCUUUCCAGCUUCUCUUCAGCAAUAAGAAUGUAGCUUCUAUACUAGAGGCUAGCAGCACAGAGUGGGGCCACUUCUUAUACUUGAUGUGUGAACUACAGAAGCAACAGCUGCUGGCAAAAGAAGAAGUGAAGCAACAUUUGGAGUUUUUGCAGUCAUCUUCCUGGCCCAUGGAGUUUCUUGUAAAAAUUCAAGAGGCUUCCAGACAAAUAGAUCAAGCUGUGCAGGAACCACUUCAAAAACCCAUUCUAAAUUGUUAGGAGAAGAGUGUAUCCAGGCAGAAGAGAUGCUCUUUGAGCAAGCUGCUCACAAACGACUCUCUGAAAUAAAAGCACUUUCCUGUAUAUUUCAUACCAGAUAGCCAUUCAGUGGAAAUUUUCCUUUGCACUUUCCAGCAUAUCACAUGUACAUCACGGUACCAAAUCUUAUUUUACAUGCAUUGGCAAUGAACCUUAUGUUAAAUUUGCACAUGGUCAACUGUUAGUCACUUUAAAAAAGUCACAUACAAAAUAUUAAAGGAUAUCUUUUGGGCUUGUCUGGUAGCACAUCCUAUAUUGAAAAGUGAUAAUGCACCUUAAAAUUGUAUCAAAAUAAUAAGCACUGUGAUGUUUUUCCCACCAGCUUUAUUUUUAAACGGAAAGCAUAUCUACUGUUUACUGGAUUAAAAAUCGGUAGUCUGACAGAUGUCUGCUUCUUAUUUAGCUGGUUUGCUUCAUCUAACUGGAUAGAACAUUCAUAUAGGUGAUUUCACAAUACAUGAAAAAUUUAGACAGAUCUGCAUUUGGAUUUCACCUAACCUCUCUCCUUCAGAUGCUGUUGUUCACACGUUCAUGUCUUGUUUUUUUCUGUGUAGAUCCAUAUUGGACAUACUGUAUAUAUCAAAAUUUGUAAAUCCUUUAAGAUAAGUUCACUUUGUAAUCAAAGAAAUAAAAGCUGUUGUACAAAACUGUU